AUGAACCGCGCCGGUAAAUGGCAACAGGCCCACCUGUGGAAGGAUCGGAACACGUGGUUUUCGCCAGCAUCGGGUGGGGUACCCGCCAGCAUGGCGUGUUUUAAUUGCGGUCAAGGUGGCCAUUUCUCACAGCAUUGUACAGCGGAGCGACAAUCCCCCUCGACCGUCCAAAUAUCAGCAAUUGCCUUCGCCGACAUGGACGAGGACGAAUGGUCGUCGGCCUCAGGUGACGUUGAGGACCCCCAGGUGCGAUUCCCCCUUCCCCUCGAGUUCCGCAUCCGCCUUAGUGACGCACCACUCUUGCCCUCCUGCAGACCCUGUUGGCCGAGUGAAAGACGUCGCCUCUUCUUCUUUUGAAGUUCAGACUUCAUCAAGUAGUUCGCAUCCAACCGUGCCGGCAAAUGAUGCAGAUCAACAUCGUCUCGACGAUAGCCUGGCUGACAUCGCGAUUGACGCGGUGGAAGAUGUCUUGUACUACGCUGAUGCCGCGUCGCGCUUGUGUCAUUAUCCGGGGCCGGAAGUGGUGUCGUCUCGCAAGGCGGAAAGGACUGCUUCGGUGAGCUCUUUCCAGACUCUUGUGCCGUCGGGUGUGUCUCUCUUGGCGUCCGCUGCGCCCCUGAUCGACAUCGACGAACCCGACCGACCUGUCGAGCCCGCCAUUGUACGCGCCCGCAACGUCAUCGCUUGGACGCUACCUUCUGGAAGGGUUUUGCGAUGUUUGAUCGACUCUGGAUCAGAGGUCGACUUGGUGGAUCAGGAGGUGGUGCGAGUCGACCCGAGCUUCGCAACGGCCCGUUUGACUGCACCAUUGCACUUGCGCCUCGGCACCCAGGAUAAGUCCGACCGAUGUGCUGUGUUCGCCACCGCUCCUUUUUCGUCUGGCGCCCUAGAUCUCGGUUUGCGACCAUUCUUCGUUUGCCGUGUAACGGCGUACGACGCCAUCUUGGGGCUGCCAUUUCUUAAGGACACAGGCAUGCUCGUUGGUUGGGGCGUCUUCACCGUCGCGCGCACCGGCCCUUCGCAACCCGUCGCCCAGGAUACGCACGAAUGGGACCGAGCCGUCACCGUAGCACCUAUCUUAUCCGGUUCUGCCAUUGGCUGCAAUCACCCUGGGUUGCUUCCCGACGACGAGAUCAUCGGCCUCGAGCCACACAACCCGCUGCUCGAUGUCGUCGACGAUCCGGCGCUCGACGAUUUCUCUGAGUCCGAAGCACGAACACGAUUGGCUGCCUUACUCGAGAAAUUUUCUGAUGUGUUCGUAGAUUCGCUACCGAUGGACCAACUCCCACCGUACCGGCCAGUCAACCACGAGAUCCCGUUGAUCGAUCCCACCGAAAAGGUCAAACCCCGGGUAUACCUAUGA